GGCAUCCUUCGUUCACCAACUGUGUCAAACGGAGAGUGGUGAAUAGAUGGUACAAUUUGGCUCCGUACGUAGAGAAAAUAUGGCGGUUCUCGGAAUUCAAAUAUUUCAUGAACAAGCACUUUACUGACAUAAGGAAGGCUGGUGUUCAAUUCACUGAUUUGAAUAAGGAACGUGAGAUGGUCAAAUGGGAACAUAUGAAAGCUAAGAACUACCUGCGCGAGCCAUUUUCAAAAGCUACCGGUAAACGAGGCGUCGCCACGUCUCGUGCAGUUGUCUUUCGUGGUGGUGUUGCAGGAGGCCGCCCUGGGCAAGGAGCAGUUUUGGAUUUGAAAAGCGAGAUGCUCAGCGUUACUGAAGUAAACUGAUGGGAAACAGCUUGUAGUUAAUUCAGAACUUGUGGCACAAAAGCAUGUAUCAGGUGGUUCUGUGAAAUUGUUCAAAUGAUCUUGUCAACCUUAUUCCUUGAACAUGCUUACAACAACUUUCAAGCAAAAGGCAAGUAAGUGUAUAG